AUGAAACUUUCAAUCGCCAUAUUGUCAUCGAUCCUGCUUGCCUGCUCGGUCACUGUUGCCGACCCAGUUCUUGACAGUUCGACUACAAGUACUGCAACCAGCACUUCAUCGACAUCUCCUAGUGCAACUGCAACCAGCACUUCAUCGACAUCUCCUAGUGCGACUGCAACUAGCGGGACCAGUCAUUCAAAAUCUUUGUAUUCAUAUAUACAAUAUAUGAAUAAUUGCUAUCCGAUUGGUGUUGAUGCAUUGAAAAAUAUCGAGCUACUUGCAUUAGCUUCACGUAAACUUGACAUACUAUCGCAAUAUAUUGACAAGAAAAAGGCUCAUGUUAACGAACAAAAGAAAGUGAUCGAUGAACUGCAGGAUGAAAUUGACCAUCUCAAGAAUAACCCUUCGAGCACCGAGUCAGAGAUGGCCAAACUCGAAUAUAUGCUUACUGACUACAAUGAAGUUUUCACGAAGCUUAAGAAAGAUCUAGUUAUAAUCUUCAAGAGACAUUCAAGAACAUGUCAGGAAACUACCAAGUUACGAAGGAAACUUAAAGGUUACUUUAAGAGACAUCAUCCAGGCGAAGAAAUAAUUACUUAUGGUGGACCAUAUCUAAAUAGAUACCCUAUAUUUACAAGGUGCUUCCAUAUCUUCUACAACGGUGCACUUCAAUUACCAAAACUCAAGUAUGAUGCGAUCCUUAAAGAUCCUAGUGUUUGGCAAUAA